GCCACAGGCUGCUACCGGAGGAAAAUGAAUUUGAGGCGGAAUGGAAGGCGACUCUCGGACCGUAACCUCAGAGUAACUCGGUAACUGUGGCCGUUUCGAGCUCAGAUCAGGGCUCCAACAUGCCUCAUGGGGAGGACGGCUGCACGUCCGUGGAGGAUGGAGCUGAGCCUCUCAUCCUGGAAAGAGUGGAGAAAGAAACGGAUGGGAAGUGGAAAACCGUCGCGUCGCAGCGGCUGAAGAAGCACUGCUCCUGCACAGCGGAGAAGGCCAAAUCAAAAGUGCUCGGCUUCGUUCCGAUUCUAACGUGGCUGCCGCGCUACCAGUGCCGGGACUGGAUUCUGGGCGACGCCAUGUCCGGGCUCAUCGUGGGAAUCCUGCUGGUGCCCCAGUCCAUAGCCUACUCCUUACUGGCCAGCCAGGACCCCAUCUACGGCCUCUACACCUCGUUCUUCUCGUCCAUCAUCUACGCCAUCCUGGGAAGCUCCAGACACAUCUCGGUGGGGAUCUUCGGAGUCUUGUGUCUCCUCGUGGGUCAGGUGGUGGACCGGGAGUUGGCUCUGGCUGGUUACCUAACAGAAAGCAGUGGCCUCAGUGUCAGCGGCAACUACAGCAUCCUAACGGGUAACGACAGCGCCGGGGUGGUGUGCGACAGGAGUUGCUAUGCAAUCACAGUGGGAGCAACCGUUACCUUUACGGCUGGGGUUUAUCAGGUGCUAAUGGGACUUUUGCAGGUCGGCUUCGUGUCCGUCUACCUCUCCGACUCCCUCCUCAGUGGCUUCGCUACCGGAGCCUCUCUGACCAUCCUCACUUCCCAGUGCAAGUACCUGCUGGGCCUGAAGAUCCCCAGACCCCAGGGCUGGUUCACUCUGAUCAAGACCUGGUGCAGCAUUCUCGCCAACCUGGGAAACACCAACAUCUGUGACCUUAUCACCAGUUUGGUGUGUUUGGCGGUGCUGAUACCCGCGAAGGAGCUCAACGAUCGCUUCAAAUCGAAGCUAAAGGCUCCAAUCCCCUUUGAGCUCUUUGUGGUGAUAAUUGCAACCGUCGCGUCUCACUUUGGCAACUUCAACACCGUCUACGGGUCGAGCGUGGCCGGUAAAAUCCCCACGGGCUUCCUCCCUCCCCAGUUGCCUUCGUGGUCCCUGAUCCCCAACGUGGCCGUCGACGCCUUCUCCAUCGCCAUCGUGGGAUUCGCCAUCACCGUCUCGCUGUCGGAGAUGUUCGCCAAGAAGCACGGCUACACGGUGGACGCCAACCAGGAGAUGUACGCCAUCGGCUUCUGCAACAUCCUGCCGUCGUUCUUCCGCUGCUUCACCACCAGCGCCGCGCUGACCAAGACCCUGGUCAAGGAGUCGACCGGGUGCCAGACUCAGGUGUCCGGGCUGGUCAGCGCUCUCGUCCUGCUGCUGGUGCUUCUGGUCAUCGCGCCGCUCUUCUAUUCCCUCCAGAAAUGUGUUUUGGCGGUCAUCAUCGUGGUGAACCUCCGCGGCGCCCUGCGGAAGUUCACCACCAUUCCCAGCAUGUGGCGCCUCAACCGCAUCGACGCCUCCAUCUGGCUGGUCACCAUGGCGACGUCGGCGCUGGUCAACACGGAGCUGGGUCUCCUCGUUGGGGUGCUGGUGUCGGCCUUCUGCGUCCUGGGCCGGACCCAGCAGGUCCAGGUCCUGGAGCUGGGCCGGGCUUCGGCCAGGGAGCAUUACGAAGACCUGUCGUCCUACCGCGGCCUUCGGACGCAUCCCGGAGUGGCCGUCUUUAGGUACGCGGCGCCGAUCUACUACGCCAACCAGAGCUUGUUCAAAAAGUCCCUUUACAAAUGCGUGGGGCUCGACCCCGUGAAGGAGAAGACGCAGCGGGUCAAGUUCAAGAAGAACAAACAACAGAAGGAGGUGGCAGGAAACCAAAAUAUAAAGUCAGAGGAGAAAAAGGACGCGCUGAAAGAGGUCGAAGCUGAUGCAACUGCAACACUAGUGAAUGACAAGAACUCUUCUUGUAGCGUACGCAGCAUCGUGAUCGACUGCAGCGCCAUCUUGUUUCUAGACACCGCCGGAGUGAAUGCUCUCAAAGAGGUCCAGAAGGAUUAUGGAGAACUUGGGGUCAAGGUUGUCCUGGCUCAGUGCAGCACCUCAGUCCUCGACACUCUGGAAAGAGGAGGUUACUAUCCCGACAAAAAACAAGAUGAUGUAGGGGAGAACAGAAUGAUCUUCUUGACCAUCGACGACGCCGUCCGCUACGUCCAAAGCCUUUGUACGCCCAAUGGAGAUUAUGACAGCAGGUGCUGAAACCCGUCUAUAUAUAUAUAUAUAUAUAUCUGUGUUUACAGGUGAGCAGUGAAUAUCUCACAUAUCACAAAUGACACGGUUGCCGAUGUGCCUUGAAAUUUUACAGAAAACAAUCCCUUUUUUAGUCGCUCGAGACAAAUCUUUAUUUAAAACUUUUAUUUUUACAGAAUGUAAAACGUUAGAAGGGCUCUUCAGACUUCAGAAUGAGUUCAGGACCAGUCAUGUGUAGCGUUAUACACAUAAUAACUAACAUAAUAAUGCCGUGCAGCUCUUGUCCAACCUUAAAGAUGAAGAUGAAUGUUAUUAAUAAAUGUGAUGCACGCAUGGCUUUUUCUAUGUGUGCAAACAGAGAAAUUGAUCAAAAUGCCGCCUGCAAACCUUAAAUAAUUUAUUUUGAAUGUAGCCACUGCAGUAAUGCAGACUUCUCUCAUACAAGUAAUAGUCAAAGAAUGCACCAUCUGCUUUUAAUUUUCCAGCCUCCAUGUAACCAGACGCCUUUAUAGUUUUUAGAAACGAUGUGUAGCCUCGUGUAGCCAGACUUAAGUCUUAUCAGAAUACGAGCAAAUACGUUUGGAUUUCAUUACGCAGCACUUUUACGUUUCGUUUCUGUCCAUCGCCGCAUCAACCAUCUGAUUGGUGGUGAAGGCGGAUUUUUGCAGGGAACAUAAUCAGUUCCCAACAGACAGAUUCCAGAAACUACUUUCUGCCAAAAUAAAGAAGGGAAGACAAAAGGGAAGCUGCGCACACUGUGAAUGUCAUGUCAGGCCCUUUGACGUGUGAAUAAUAGUCGCCUAUAAACUGUUGCUACUAGACAAACUAGUUUGUCAUUCCUACAAAACAGGUCAGGCUUUAUUAUAUUUCAGCGGAGGUUAUUUUAUUAAAACUGGAAUGACUUUAUGUCGGUCGCUAAUCCGUGUUUGCCGAAGGUGACGACUUUAUUGACCGACGCUUCGUCCUGUCAGCUGAGUGAUGAAUGGGGGGCAAAGUUUGAGUGAAAGAUAAACUGUUGUGCAGCGAUGGCCGUGGCGAGAUUUGCGUGUUAACCCUCCGCAUUCUUUUUCUGGUGAUGAAUUGUGGCCGCGCCCGUCCCUCUCGGUCCUAACGUCCGUGGGGAACGACUGUUUCUCUAGUUAAACAGAGCUGGAGGGGCUUCAGCAGAGCAAAUAUGGCCACAAAGGACUGUGGACCGUGACUCAGACAGUUGGACAGUCUGGUCUAAAAUCCUGUUGGGGCCAUGUUGUCUACAUAUGUGCUUUAGUUGCGUGUAUCAUAACCAAACGUGCCUCAUUAAACUACGUAGUAAGAUUAUUUAUAGAGCACUUGUAAUAACAUAUUUAUACCUGAGCACACUGUGUAAAACUUCAUCUCCUACCAAAAAAGAAACAAACCAAAUGUUACAGUGCAAGCAGCUGUUGUAUUUAGGGUUUUAAGGUUAAAAUAUUUUGCUUUCUAUCCUGAAACCAAACUGGAUGCACACGUAAAAGGUUUGUUUCAGGUUUAUUUUUCUUUAUUUCUUUACAGUUACACUAUGCACAUGUCUGUGUGUAAUUAGAGAAGCAGAUAAGCCAAAGUAGCUGACAGUAAAAUGAAUGUUACUGCUCGGUCUCGCUUUUAUAUUUGUGGUUAAACUGCUCUUGUUCUAUAACGGGGUUAAUAAAAUCUGUUGUGUUAAGGUGUCACGCGUUUAAACUGCACGAAUAUCAAUUAAGGGAAGGAUUCUGACAAUAACAGAAGUGUUGGGACUUGUGUUUUACAGCGAUUAGACUGCAGCCUCUGAGGCAGCAGCUCCUAUGAUCCAGAGAAAGGUUAACUGAACCGGAGCUCAGGGAAACUACCUUAAACUCAGAGCUGGAUUUGAUGUGGUCGUGUUUUGGAGUAUAUGUGUUUCUGGCCCAUUUCCUUCCAAUCCCACGUUCAAUUAAUCUGUGCAGUCAUGUGUGAAUACGGGGGAAAAAACCUGCAGAGUCUGUUGCACUACGCUAGAAGAAAACCAAAGUCUUAUUUUUCACCUAAAUUAAAAAAAGAUUUGGGAACUUGUGAAACUGGAAAAUUAGCUGAUCAAACGAAUGUGUUGGAGAGUUUCCUCUGUGUCUUCUGUUACGUUGCUGAACCUGAAAUGUUAGAAUAGUGAUUUCAUCCAUAUUUAAGAGUAACUGAUGUAGCUGCCUGGUGGAAAUCUAAGGGAAACUGAAGGUUUUAUCAUUCACGUGCCCCUGAAUCAGUAAAAAUGCGUCAAAGUAAACUGUGUCCGCGUCCUUUUUCUUUCUUUUUUUUUUUCUUGUGAGCGCUGUUUACUCAGCAAACAAGUAGAAGUGUUCAUUGACUCAUUGGUUCCUGCUUAUCUCAGAGCAGUGACAGACUCUCAGAGAAGAAAAUCCUGUCUUAUCUAAAUGUUUAUAAAACGGGCUGUUUCUUGGGGUUUUAAACUGCGUCUGUUUGCCAAAGAUCACAAAUAUUUCGAGAGGCCUUUCGUCAUGUGGCAGACUCCUAAAUUUAGCAAUAUCUACUAGUGCUUUAGUUUUAUUCUAUUUUUAAAGUUUUAAUUCUUGUAGGAACCUAAUUCACUUUUUUGUUAUGUAAAGAUCUUUUCACUCCUCCUGCACCUUUUAUCUUGUUUGGUAGUUUAGAGCUCGGUUUGUUCGGCUCACCACACUGGUUUUUGACCACAUCUUGAUUUGUCUUAUCGAGCCGUUCUUGAUUAUUUUUUCCCACUUUGGGGGCUGUGGUAACAGUAUCUUCAUUUUGCUCAACAAAUAAACACAUUUAGUUUUAA